AUGAACUUCUCACCAUACCAGCCACCGCCCGACCAGCACGCCGACGAGGACACAGGCUUUGCGCGGAAAAACAAGGGCAAGAAGCCUUGGUUUAAUCGCGACUCAUCCUACUCGUCAUACCAGGCUGGCGGGUCCACUUCGGACCCAACUGUCCAAAGCCAGGCAUACACGAAUGACGUCGAGUCUCAGGCGUACGCAUACGGAAACGGGGGGUAUGCAGGGGGUAGCAGUGGCGAGGAUCGCGUCAAUGCAUGGGAGAGCCGCUUCGGGUGGCGCAUCGACUUGAUGGCCGCAGUGGCAUACCUUGGAGGGCCAGUGUCAGCCCUCCUCCUUUUGAUCCUCGAGACGCAGAAUGACUACGUACGGUUUCACGCCUACCAGUCUGCGCUCCUCACAACUCCCAUCCUCACCUUCAUCCUCAUCACCAACCUCCUACUCCCCUUUCCAGCAUUCCUCAAGACGCUGAUCGUGCUUGCGGGCGUCGGCGCCGCGCUGUACGCUGCGUACCGCGCGUACAAGGACGCGCAGGAGGGACUGAGCCGAUACUGGUUGCCCUACAUUGGAGAGUAUGCGGAGCGGUGGGUGAAUGAGGAGUAG